CGCACACAUUUUCAAUCUAUGAUCAGCUAAGUUGCACACAACAAACAUGAAGAUCUUCAACUGGGUACAUCGUAGGUUUCAUCAUAAAGAUGGAAUUGGUGGAAAUGCGAAGAAGCCCGAAUUCGUUAGAGAUGAUUCGGACACACAAGCGUUACUUGAACGGGUCAUCCUGAUUGAUGUGUUUGAUGGUUGGAAGGAUGGUAUUCUCACAAUUGGCACACUCGGGUUCGAGCCAUUGAAAAAUUUCAAUUAUGAAAAAUUAGAAUAUCCAAUCACCGAGGACAAUGAUGAAGAAGAAGAAGAAGACUGUGAUGAUGGGGAAGAAUGUUUUGAUAAUGAGGAUGAAGACGAUAACAAUGACAUGGAAGUCGAAAGUGAACUUAACCCUCUAGUGGUCACAGCAUGUAGGCAUGGUUUUGGUAUGGACAGUUUUACUGGUUCAAACUGUGAUGAAAAUGCUGCUGCCAAAGCUGACCUCAUCAUGGCCAUUGAUGGCACUCCUCUUUGUUCGAGUCCUCAUGGACUUUGUUUCGACUCAAACAACUCAGAAUAUGGUAAGAAUAAGAAGAAAGGAGAGCGAACCACUCUUGCAGACUUGUUCUCUGCUGAUUCUGAUGCCAAAACAAAGCCAGAUCAUUGCAAAUCCUUGCCUGAAUCCGGUAAGAUUCGCACUAGUCAUAGUGAGAAGAAUUGCCCCAAAUUCUCCAAGAAGGGCAUACCUCGUGAUGGAGGCGAUUCACAUCCCAUACGAAAACUACGCGGAUUGAUGAAAAGGAUGAUGAAGAGGAAGAUCCAUCCAGACCUUGAAGGCAAGAUUAAUAAGAAAGACAGUCAAAUUAAGCCCUGUGGGUUGGAACUUCAUAACGGGGAAUAUGGAGCCAAUGGUGAAUCAACUACUCUUCUUCGAACUCAGGAUGCUAUGGUAUGAGCCGAGUAUGAGGUUCUAGAAAAGUAUUAUUGCUACUGUCCUGAAAUAUUAAAUUUUCUUUUCCAAUGAUGUAUGUAUCUCAAGUUCCUGUAUUUGAACUUUUGAACCAUGUGAAUUUGUUUUUAUGUCUUCAUUAUUGUUUUGGAAUUUUUAUGUGGUUUAUUCAGGGCUUGGUUGUCACAAA